AUGGAGCCGUUUAUGAGUGGAUUUCCGGCCUUCUGGAUCAUCCUCUCCUUUUGGUUUGUGUUGUUGUCAGAAUCUGCAUCUAUUCAAGGCCGAACACAGACCCAGGCAGAGGAACGACUCUUCAGAUAUCUUUUCAAUGCUUACAACAGAUGGUCCAGGCCAGUCCCCAAUACCUCUGAUGUUGUUAUUGUCAGGUUUGGACUAUCCAUAGCUCAGCUAAUUGAUGUGGAUGAGAAGAACCAGAUGAUGACCACAAAUGUUUGGCUGAAACAGGAAUGGAAUGACUACAAGCUGCAGUGGAAUCCAACAGAUUUUGACAAUGUUACUUCUAUUCGAGUACCUUCUGAGAUGAUCUGGAUCCCGGACAUCGUGCUGUAUAACAAUGCGGAUGGAGAGUUUGCUGUCACACAUAUGACAAAGGCUCACCUUUUCUCUAAUGGCAGUGUGAAGUGGGUGCCACCAGCCAUCUAUAAGAGUUCCUGCAGCAUUGAUGUAACCUUCUUCCCCUUUGACCAACAGAACUGCAAAAUGAAAUUUGGUUCAUGGACUUAUGACAAGGCCAAGAUUGAUUUGGAGAGCAUGGAGCGCCAUGUGGACCUUAAGGACUACUGGGAAAGUGGGGAAUGGGCCAUUAUCAGUGCAGUGGGCACCUAUAACACCAAGAAAUAUGAUUGUUGCAGUGAGAUCUACCCUGAUAUCACUUACAGCUUCAUCAUCCGUCGUUUGCCACUCUUCUACACCAUUAAUCUCAUCAUCCCUUGCCUCCUAAUUUCCUGCUUGACUGUGUUGGUCUUCUACCUGCCAUCUGACUGUGGUGAGAAGAUCACCCUGUGCAUCUCUGUCCUUCUGUCCCUCACUGUCUUUCUCCUACUUAUCACCGAAAUCAUCCCAUCGACUUCCCUAGUUAUUCCGCUGAUUGGUGAAUAUUUGCUUUUCACCAUGAUCUUUGUCACCCUCUCCAUUGUCAUUACAGUCUUUGUUCUCAAUGUCCAUCACCGCUCACCCAGUACUCACAAGAUGCCACACUGGGUCCAGACUGUUUUCCUGGAUUUCAUUCCCCGCUGGCUCUUCAUGAAACGUCCUCCAGUGAUAGCUUCAGGAUUGAGGGUGACCAGUGAAGAAGUAAUUGCGCAAUAUGACAUGCCUCCAGUAAAUCUCAGCACCUCACGGUACUGGCUGGAAACAGAUGUAGAUGAUAGGUGGGAUGAGGAAGAGGAGAAUCAUGAAGAGAUUAUUCAUGCUGGCCAACUACCCCUCCAGAGUAUCUGUCAUCACCAAUGCCUUCAAUAUCGCUAUACCUGUGCUCGACAUUUGGGAAGAAGAUUUGUGGAACUGGUUCAGCGCCCAGCCACUACCAAAACAGAGAGUUCAGCCUCAUCUGAGCAGGGGAUCCAGCUGUCUCCAAGCAUCUUGAAGGCCCUGGAAGGGGUGCACUACAUAGCAAAUCAUCUGCGGGCUGAGGAUGCAGAUUUCUCGGUCAAAGAAGAUUGGAAAUACGUUGCCAUGGUGAUUGACCGCAUCUUCCUCUGGAUGUUUAUCUUUGUCUGUUUGCUGGGGACGAUUGGACUUUUUCUUCCUCCAUUUCUGGAAGGCAUGAUCUAGAGUUGGUACCCAGGAUGAAGAAGCUACCUUCUUUCAAUAUAUCAACACCAUCCAUCCAGUCUCCACAAAAAUGCCACACAAACUUCCAUUCACCUUCCUAAUGAGGCCAAUAACAGGAUUGGCAUCUUGGUCCAGUAUCCGUUGCCCAGGAAUUUUUACAUUAGAUAUUUUCUCAGUUACUAAAACCACUUAAAAACCCAAAACCCAAAUGAGGAACAGUAAUAAUGACUGGGAACCUGAACUUGAGGUUUUGUGCACCUAUUCUACGUUUUUGUUUUGCCAAUGAUCAAGAGAAAAUCAUGCCACCAUUAUUCAGCAGUAUGAUCUGGGGCAGCCCUCUGGGGCACAAAAGGGGCCGGUGAGCCACAUAUAGUGCAGUGGCCAGAAAUUAUUGAUGCUGUUGCUCAUUCAGCUUGUCUGCUGUUAUUCCAGAAAGCCAAGGGUAAAGUUAAAAAGCUGGUUGCUGUGGAAAAAUGUCAUAGUGUGAGCUAGAAUAAUUUCCAGAUUGGGAAAAUGCUUUGACUUAACUAAGAGUCUUCUUGUUAACUGCUGCUAAAGCAGCAUUUAAUUCCCUGCAUUAAAAAAAAUGUGCUAGGGAGCUUCUGUGUUGAGGAUUUAUAAAUUAUGAGGAUUUCUGAAGGUGCAUGGAAAUAUUUAUUAUUCAUUUAUUUGGUUUAUACUCCACCCUCCUGCUCUGGCAAGCAGCCAGGUGGAUAAUAAAUUUUCUAUUAAGAGGCUUAAAGUAGAGAUGUUAUUAAGAUAGUAACUAGUCAUCUAUACCCUCUA